AUGUUUCGCCUUACUGUCAACCUCUUAGGCUUGAGAAUGUUUGUUUUUUGCAUAGGAUUGGUGGGUAAUAUGUUUGUCAUCCUUUCAAUCGUCCAGACCAAAGUGUCCCACAUUAAAUCGUUUGACCUGUUUCUCCUGGGACUCACGUCAGCCAACCUAGAGGAAAUUGUCAUCAUAAACAUCUACAAUGUUAACAUUGUUGAGACUUUCUUCAUCACCACCAGCGCUUGGUGGUGUCAUUUGCUUAAGUUCAUGACUACCUUUGGUAAAAUGGCCAGCAUCUUUUUCACGGUCGUAAUCUGCAUCUUCCGCUACCAGAAGCUGAGAGACAUCAAGCACAGGGGGAGCCUCCCGAUUUGCCUGGACAGCAUCACAUCUGCCUGGACGCUGAGUGGAGUUGGCGUGAUGCUCUCCACCCUUCUCAGUCUCCCAAUGUUUGCCAUUACUCCUCAAGGAUCUGUGGAAAACAUGACGGAAAACGGUGCGAGCUGCCAUCCUGACUUCUUUCAUUGUGGUGAGAAUUACUGUCCCACCCUCAACCGUGUGUAUAAAUACCUGAUCAUGCUCCUGUGCCACCUGCUUCCCCUGAUCAUUGUAACGUUUACCAGCUGCUUGACCAUUACUGUGCUCAUGAGCCAGACGAAUAUGGUAACAACGGAGGAUAAUGUUAGAUGCACAAACCACCACAUUGGGAAGAGUAAUGGACUCCAUCGAAGUACGGUGGCUGUGCUGGCAGCCAUGGGAUUAUUUCAGAUAGACUGGACUCUCUACCUAAUCCUUCAAUGGACUUUUAGCCUCAGUGACAAUCCUUUUUGGGCUGAAAUAGAGUUCUUUAUUUCAACUUCCUAUACGUCUUUUAGUCCAUAUGUGUAUGGGAUAGGGAGUCCCUUUUUUUCUUUCGAGAAGUGUAAACAAUUGUUUAAGAUUUAA